GUCGUUGACGUUUGUGUACGUGCAGCACGUCCAUGCCUCCAUGCUAGCCGAAGCUCUAGCUCAAGAGUUGAAGUUAGUUCAAAACACUUCAAAGAAGAUCGGUAGGUUGUGUGAUCCCGUGGUGAAGUGAAUCGAGACCCUCCGUGUCGUGGAGACAGAGCGCUGGAGGAACAUGGAGUGUAUCCCAGCGCACCUUGAGGAUCUGGACAGCAAAAAAGAGCAAGUCGUUGAAGACCCAGAGCACAAUGUGUACACGCGGUUCAUGAAGUCCCACCGCUGCUACGACCUGGUCCCCACCAGCUCCAAGCUGGUGGUCUUCGACACGUCGCUGCAGGUCAAGAAGGCGUUUUUUGCGCUUGUUUCAAACGGUGUGCGAGCGGCACCUCUGUGGGACAGCAAGAAGCAAUGCUUUGUGGGAAUGCUCACCAUAACAGACUUCAUCAACAUUCUGCAUCGCUACUACAAAUCUCCAUUGGUCCAGAUAUAUGAGCUGGAAGAGCACAAAAUAGAGACCUGGAGAGAACUGUAUCUCCAGGACUCCUUCAAACCCCUGGUCAGCAUACCGCCCAACGCAAGCUUGUAUGACGCAGUUUCAUCUCUGCUCAAGAACAAGAUCCACCGGUUGCCGGUGAUCGACCCUUUAACCGGGAACACCCUUUACAUUCUCACACACAAGAGGAUCCUCAAGUUCCUCAAGCUGUUUAUAUCGGAGAUGCCCAUACCAGCCUUCUUAGACAGGACCUUGGAGGAACUCCACAUCGGAACAUUCCAGAACAUCGCGGUGGUGCGUGCGGACACGCCUCUCUACACGGCGCUGGGGAUCUUCGUGGAGCAGAGGGUCUCGGCCCUGCCGGUGGUGGACGACAAAGGUCGGGUGGUGGAUAUCUACUCCAAGUUCGACGUCAUCAACCUGGCAGCGGAGAAGAACUACAACAACCUGGACGUGACGGUGACCAAGGCCCUGCAGCACCGCUCGCAGUACUUUGAGGGCGUGCUGACCUGCAACCGCACCGAGACGCUGCAGGCCAUCAUCAACCGGCUGGUGGAGGCCGAGGUCCACAGGUUGGUGGUGGUGGACGAGAACGAGGUGGUGAAGGGGAUCGUCUCGCUGUCGGACAUCCUGCAGGCGCUGGUGCUGACCAACAGUGAGGAGGGGACGUCGUGAGGCCCCAGUGACACGGACGGCUCUGGGAGCCUCGAUCAGAGAAGGGACAGCGCGAGAGGGGCCCCCAGCAGAUCGCUCUCGGGGCCCGACCCAGCACAUGGCCUCUAGGGGCCACACUUACAAUGACUUCCAUUAUCAUCUUUAUUUUGAUCAAUCACGAGACGCGUAAUAAUACAAUUAUGUCCGUAAUGAGUGAUGAAGGAUGUUUUUUUAUUUUUAAUCAAGCUGAUUUAUUAGGCACCAAAAAUAUAACCUACAAGAUUUUUAUUCAUGGCCGCAUAUUCUACCAGGACUCUUGACAAAAACAAUCGCGUUGUUGUGUACCGGGUCAACGGCCAGCACGUGGAAAUCACCAGCACGGUCCAUUCCCUGCGGCGUUCAUUGUUGUCGAUUUGUGGUAUGAAUCCAAGCGGAUGCAGGAUCAGGUCGAAGAACAGACCUGUUCCACCAUUCAGCUGCAUUCCUCGAGGCCUGUAGCCACCUGUCGAGUCUCCUCGCUCCGACCACAUUCUGCUGAUUUGAACUACAGUCCCCUGGCCAAUCGCGCUCAGACUGAGGUUGGCUUAUUGUAAAUGUAGAAUAACCUUAAAUAUACCGUUUUCUGAUUAUAUAUGUGAUAUUUUUUAAUGCACACACUGGCUAUUUAUUUGGUUUAUAAUGUCCCAUUUAUUAUGUCUGCUUCAAUGAUGACUAAACCAAUCGUUUAUCUUAGAUAUAUCUAUCUAUACCUAUCCAGAUCCACCAUUCUUCCUGUAGUGACAUGCACGUCUCAUCUCUGUUGUUGAAGCAGUCCAAUAAGCUGUGGCUUGUAUGACAAGUACAACUACUAUUCGUCAUAGGCUGGGAAUUAAAGGGAUUUUCUGCUUCCUCA